CACGCCGGCGCAGGCGCAUUGCCUCAUGCGGGCCCGUUGGGCUUUUUCUUCUCGGAGUGGCGGCGGCGGCGCCUCCGACCUAGUCCACAGAGGCGACCCUCCCCGCCAUCCCCCAAGAACAGAGGAAGAACUGGAGGAAGCAGAGACAGCAGCCAUGGAGCGCCCCAGCCAGGACUGGAGGGGUAGAGCUCUGCCUUACGAACAGUCCGGCCGCUGGCAGAGGGACCUCCGGGAGGCCGAGGGAGCCACGGCGCCCCCCCAGGCCGCCCUGACCUUUAAGGACGUGUGUGUGGACUUCACCCGGGAGGAGUGGAUGCAGCUGGACCUGCCUCAGAGGGAGCUAUACCGGGAGGUGAUGCUGGAGAACUACCGGAACCUGGUCCUGGUGUCACUGGCAGGGCGGCCAAUUGCCAAACCAGACGUGAUCUCCCGGAUCGAGCAAGGGAGAGUGCCAUGGGUGCUGAAGAAAGCAGCCACAGUCUUCCCAAACAGGGUGACCAGGCCUGACGCCAAGGGGCCGGCAUCCAGGGCCUCCGUGUCUCUGAAGGAGUCCCCUCCGGGGAGAGCCGCCAAGGACGAGUCUCAGGGGCGCAGGCCGGACCCGGCCGGGGACUGUCCCAAGUCAGAGCAGCCGGGGUCCCAGCCCGUCCGAGGGGCCCCCGUGAGGGCCCCCAGCAAAGGGAGAGGCCUCGAGCACAGGAAGCUGGGCAGGAACCUGGAGGCCAACGGGUUCGCUCAGCAGAAAGCGCCCCGGGGGAAGCUGCUGCGGGGGAAGAGCUUCAAGCAGUACUCGGACCUGGUCAAGGGCGGCAAGAUGUCGGCGGGGAAGAAGCUGCCCAGGUACGACGAGUGCGGCAAGGCCUGUGGCCACAGCGUGGACCUGCUCCAGUACAGGAUCCACGGCGGCGAGAAGCCCUACGAGUGCCGCGAGUGCGGCAAGGCCUUCAGCCGCAGGACGAACCUCACGGUGCACCAGCGCAUCCACACGGGGGAGAAGCCGCACAAGUGCGCCGAGUGCGGCAAGGCCUUCAUCCAGAGCGCGCAGCUCACCGUGCACCAGCGCAUCCACACCGGCGAGAAGCCCCACAAGUGCGGCGAGUGCGGCAAGGCCUUCAUCCAGAGGGCCCAGCUCGCCGUGCACCAGCGCAUCCACACGGGGGAGAAGCCGCACAAGUGCGGCGAGUGCGGCAAGGCCUUCAUCUCCAGGACGCACCUCACGGUCCAUCAGAGGAUCCACACCGGGGAGCGGCCCUACAAGUGCAACGACUGCGGGAAGGCCUUCAUCCAGCGCGCGCAGCUCGCCAUCCACCAGGGCACCCACAUCGGCGAGAACCCGCACAUAUGCAGCGAGUGCGGGAAGGCCUUUAACCACGUGUCGGCCCUGACCUCGCACCAGAGGAUCCACACGGGGGAGAAGCCCUUCAAGUGCAGCGAGUGCGACAAGGCCUUCAACCACUACUCCUCCCUGGCCCACCACCAGAAGAUCCACAUCCGGGGGAACCCCUACGAGUGCAACGAGUGCGGCAAGGCCUUCAACCGGCGGUCGUUCCUCACCUACCACCAGCGCAUCCACACGGGCGAGAAGCCGCACAAGUGCGGUGAGUGCGGCAAGGCCUUCAGCUACAAGUCCUCCCUCACCCAGCACCAGAAGAUCCACACGGGCGGGAAGCUCAUCUGCACCGAGUGCGGGAAGGCCUUCAACGGCAAGGCACUGCUCAUGUACCACCAGCGCAUCCACACCGGCGAGAAGCCCUACAAGUGCGGCGAGUGCGGCAAGGCCUUCAACUGCAACUCCUCGCUCACCCACCACCAGAAGACGCACACCGGCUGGCGGCCCUACGAGUGCAACGAGUGCGGCAAGGCCUUCAGCAGGAGCACCCACCUCACCGAGCACCUGCGCAUCCACACCGGCGAGAAGCCGCACAAGUGCAACGACUGCGGCAAGGCCUUCAUCCAGUUCACCCACCUCACGGUGCACCAGCGCAUCCACACCGGCGAGAAGCCGCACAAGUGCGGCGACUGCGGCAAGGCCUUCAAGUACCGCUCGUCCUUCACCUCCCACAGGCGCAUCCACACGGGGGAGAAGCCGCACAAGUGCACCGUGUGCGGCAAGGCCUUCACCCAGAUCACCCACCUCACGGUGCACCAGCGGACGCACACCGGCGAGAAGCCCUACGCGUGCAACGUGUGCGGGAAGGCCUUCAAGCACAGCUCCUCCCUCACCUCCCACUACAGGACUCACGUCAACGAGAAGCGGUAGGGCCGCGAGCGGGCGCCUCCCGUCUGCCUCCCAGACGGCUUCCGGCCGCGGCGCGGGGCGCAGAAAAGCCUUAGGAAAACAGCCUGUGAAUGUCCGUGGGCA